AUGGCUUUGACUAUCUUGGUUUUUGCCUGCUUGUGGUCCUUUGUGUCUCCAGAUGCUCAAGGGGAUGCGCUAUAUGCGUUUAGGUUAUCGUUACGCGCAUUGCCUAAUCAGCUAAGCGACUGGAACCAGAAUCAAGUUAACCCUUGCACUUGGUCCCAAGUCACUUGCGAUAAAAAAAACUUUGUCAUUUCUCUUUCCUUGUCGGACAUGAACUUCUCUGGAACCUUGUCUUCAAGAAUAGGAAUCCUUGAAACUCUCCAGACUCUUACGUUGAAGGGAAAUGGAAUAACCGGUGGAAUACCAGAAGAUUUUGGAAACCUGACAAGCUUGACCGGCUUGGAUUUGGAAGGUAAUCAGCUAAGUGGUCGUAUACCAUCUACUCUUGGUAAUCUCAAGAAGCUUCAGUUCUUGGCCUUGAGUGGGAACAAACUUAAUGGAACAAUCCCGGAGUCACUUACGGGUCUUCCAAUGCUGAUAAAUCUUCUGCUUGAUUCCAAUGACCUCACUGGCCAGAUUCCUCAAAGUCUAUUCAAGAUCCCACUAUACAAUUUCACCGCAAACAACUUGAACUGUGGUACUGGUCAACCUCACCCUUGUGUAUCUGACGUUGCGCAUUCAGGAGAUUCAAAGAAGCCAAAAACCGGCAUGAUUUCUGGAGUCGUCGCCGGAGUUACAGUUACCCUGUUUGGAAUCUUGCUGUUUUUGUUCUGCAGGGAUAGGUAUAAAGGAUCUAAACGUGACGUGUUCGUUGAUGUUGCAGGUGAAGUAGACAGGAGAAUUGCAUUUGGACAGCUGAAAAGAUUUGCAUGGAGAGAGCUCCAAUUAGCAACAGACAACUUCAAUGAGAAGAACGUGCUUGGACAAGGAGGCUUUGGCAAAGUUUACAAAGGAAUCCUUCCUGAUAACACCAAAGUAGCUGUCAAGAGACUGACUGAUUUCGAAAGUCCAGGUGGAGACGCAGCUUUCCAGAGAGAAGUCGAGAUGAUAAGCGUAGCUGUUCACAGAAACCUACUGCGUCUCAUCGGCUUCUGCACCACUCAAACAGAACGUCUCCUGGUCUAUCCCUUCAUGCAGAAUCUGAGUCUUGCAUAUCGUCUCAGAGAGAUUAAAGCCGGAGAUCCGGUUCUUGAUUGGGAGACGAGGAAGCGGAUUGCGCUAGGAGCAGCGCGUGGCUUUGAGUAUCUUCACGAGCAUUGCAAUCCGAAGAUCAUACAUAGAGACGUGAAAGCAGCGAACGUGCUGCUGGAUGAGGAUUUCGAAGCUGUGGUUGGUGAUUUCGGUUUGGCUAAGUUGGUUGAUGUUAGGAGGACUAAUGUGACAACUCAAGUUAGAGGAACGAUGGGUCACAUUGCACCAGAGUAUCUAUCUACAGGGAAGUCGUCGGAGAGAACCGAUGUUUUCGGGUAUGGAAUCAUGCUUCUUGAGCUUGUCACAGGACAACGCGCCAUAGACUUUUCGCGUUUGGAGGAAGAAGAUGAUGUCUUGUUGCUUGACCAUGUGAAGAAGCUGGAAAGAGAGAAGAGAUUGGGGGCGAUUGUGGAUAAUAAUUUGGAUGGGGAAUAUGUCAAAGAAGAAGUGGAGAUGAUGAUACAGGUGGCUUUGCUUUGUACACAAGGCUCGCCGGAAGACAGACCUGUGAUGUCGGAAGUUGUACGCAUGUUAGAAGGAGAAGGGCUUGCGGAGAAAUGGGAAGAGUGGCAGAACAUGGAAGUCACGAGACGUCAUGAGUUCGAUCGGUUGCAGAGGAGGUUUGAGUGGGGUGAAGACUCUAUUCAUAACCAAGACGCCAUUGAGUUAUCAGGUGGAAGAUAG